AUGAACAAUCGUAAUGCUGGGACUGCUAGAGGGGGAGCAGCACAAGAAGACCCCCAAGUAGAUGGAUUGCUACGAGCAUUGGAAGCUUUGGGUGAUAUAGUUGGGCAGCAAGUGAGGAAUCAAGCUGCCACCACCGCCGCUCCACCCGAGGACCCGUUAGUUGGAAACGGGAAUGGUGGCCAACUAAUGCAUAAGAUGGUGAAGCAAUUCCUGGACCUCAAGCCGCUAAAAUUUUCUGGAGUUGGCGAUCCCGAGGCUGCCACUCACCGGAUAAAGGAACCGGAGAAAGCUUUUGCACUGCUGAGGUGCAAUGAGGAGGACAAGGUGACAUUGGCGGUCUAUCGGUUGCAAGGGAAUGCCAUCACCUGGUGGCAAGCUACACAAGGUAGAGUUUUCCCCGAAGGUACGAUCCCGGUGUGGCAUGUCUUCGUGGAGGCGUUUAAUAAUAAGUAUUUCUCCGAGUGUGCUCGGGAGCGUAAGAUGGCGGAAUUCAUGCGCCCGCGCCAAAACCGGAUGUCCGUAGACCAGUAUGAGGCUAAGUUUUCUGAGCUAUCUAUGUAUGCACCUAGAAUGGUGGAAGAUCUUGUGGACGGAGCAAGAAGGUUUAGAGAUGGGUUGAAACCAGAGUCGAAGGAUCGGUUGGUGCCGUUGAACUUGAAAGACUACAAUGAGCCGUACGAAAGGGCCCAGCUGAUCGAGAGAAAUAUGAUAGAGAGGGCUGCUGCAUCCGGAUCACGGUUUGUACCCUCUGGUAGAAAUGAGCGUAGAUUUGCAAAAGGCCAAUGUUGGGAGGAAGGUCGACCAUCCCACCUAACCGGAGGAAUGCUGUGGGAAAGCCGGCUCCCGCAAGGAGGACAACCGUGUAGGAAUACGCAGCAUAAUUACGAGAGCCGACCUCCGGCGCAAGGAAGAGUUUUUGCGGUAUCCGGGGAAGAGGCGAAGGAUUCGCCGACCGUUACUGGCACGGUCUUCUUACAUGAUCAUAUAGCAUAUGCGUUGUUUGAUCCCGGAGCCACGCACGCCUUUGUUGCUGAGCAGUUUGUUAAAUUAGUUGGGUUGAGUCCGAAAUCGCUGGGAACGGUCUUUAAGAUAUCCACGCCGCUAAAAGAUAGUGUAAUAUCUGCAGUAGGUUGUCCUGAUUGUAAGUUGACAAUAGGUGGUCACGAAGAAGUGAUAGAUCCGAUUGUCUUUGAAAUGUAUGAUUUUGAUGUGAUUGUCGGUAUGGAUUGGCUUACAAAACAAAGAGCCACAAUGGAUUGCUAUCAUAAGGCAAUUCGGUUUAACCCGCUAAAUGGGGUUAGUUUUGAGUUUAUUGGUAGUCGAGGUGGAACAUCGACUUUGUUGGUUUCGUCGCAGAAAGCGACUCGUUUGUUGGAAAGUGGCUGUCAAGGAUAUUUGGCGAUUGUAGUUAACACAUCUGUUGAGGAGCCAAGGAUGGAAGACAUCACAAUUGUGUGCGAUUUUCCCGAUGUGUUUCCCCAAGAGUUGCCAGGUUUGCCACCAAAUAGGGAGAUCGAGUUUGUGAUUGAGUUAAUCUCUGGAACGGAGUCGAUUUCUAAAGUUCCGUAUAGGAUGGCAUUAUCGGAACCGAAGGAGCUGAAGGUGCAAUUGCAGGAAUUGUUGGAUAAGGGUUUUGUCCGCCCUAGUGCGUCACAAUGGGGAGCACCCGUAUUGUUUCUGAGGAAAAAGGAUGGAUCGUUGCGGCUGUGCAUAGAUUACGCAUGCCUUAAUCGAGUGACGAUCAAGAAUAAAUAUCCGUUGCCAAGGAUUGACGAUUUGUUCGACCAGCUUCAAGGAGCUUCGGUAUUUUCCAAGAUCGACUUACGGACGGGAUACCAUCAAUUGAGGAUUCGGAAGGAGGAUAUACCGAAAACGGCAUUUAGGACGCGUUAUGGUCACUAUGAGUUCACCGUAAUGUUGUUUGGUCUAACAAAUGCGCCCGCUGCUUUUAUGGACUUAAUGAAUAGGGUGUUUAAGGAGUAUUUGGACAGAUUCGUCAUAGUGUUUAUUGACGAUAUCUUAGUGUAUUCGAGGAGUUAUAAGGAUCAUGAGCAGCAUUUGAGGACGAUAUUACGGACUCUUCGAGACCAUCGGUUGUACGCCAAGUUUAGUAAAUGCGAGUUUUGGUUGACUCGUGUGGCAUUCUUAGGCCAUGUGGUAUCCGGUGAAGGAAUUUCUGUUGAUCCGGCUAAGAUCGAAACGGUAACGGAUUGGCCGAGGCCUACGACAGAAUAA